AUGAUUGGAUUUUCUUUCAUCCUUGGUGCGCUUGCUACUUUUGUUUUGGCUCUGCCGCCAGCUCGUGAGUUGAAAGAAUCCUCAAAAGUAAAGAAACUGUGUGGAGCACAGCCUUGUACUCGACGUGCGAUUAUCCGCCUUCCUACCUCAUCUCCAAGGACCCGACAUGUGCUCAAGGAGCCGCCGCCGACGAUCCCCGGUUCAACUGCCACGGGGCGCGAUUCGUUCGUUCCGCCGGCUUGUGAGUUUCUUCACUCGGUUCAAGAAUGGAAACGAAGUUAGCAGAGUGAAUAUUCCAGAUUUCAGUUACAUGCGAUGCGACGACCACAGUGACUGUUAUCGUAACAGAGAACCUAACGAUUGGUGUCAUUUGCCCGAGUUUUUCCACUGGAGGUAGAGUCACCCCCCCAAAAAGCUUCUCAUCUCAGUUUUCUAUCAGUUUCGGUGGCUGCCACUGUGACAAGAAGAUCCGUUCUUGUGUGAUGGAGCGCAAAAACGACUUCACUAAGGAGUACCAAUGGGCCUAUUGCACGCCUCAGAGGGAGUUCACGUGCAACGCUCUGGGAAGAUGCUCUUCAUAA